AUGGCACCGAACAUCGACCCUGACGUGGGAUGCAUCAUUCCCGAGCCUGGUCAAUGGCCCAUCGAUCCGCAAGAAGACAUUCCCAUCUCCGAACGAAGGAUAUGGGUUGACGGCUGCUUCGACUUCUUCCACCAUGGCCAUGCGGGUGUCAUGCUCCAAUCACGGCGCCUCGGCGACGAGCUUUACGUCGGACUUCAUAACGACGAAGACAUAGCCGCCAACAAGGGUCCCACAGUCAUGAACCUCGCAGAGCGCACCGCCGCUGUCAACGCAUGUCGCUUUUCAACGAAAUGUGUCCCGGAAGCGCCGUACGUUACGAGCAUUCCUUGGAUCUCACACUAUGGCUGUCAAUACGUGUCGCACGGUGACGAUAUCACAAGUGAUGCCAGUGGAGAAGACUGCUACCGCUUCGUCAAAAGAGCGGGCAGGAUGAAGAUCGUACCACGGACACCGGGAAUCAGCACGACAGACCUUGUUGGGAGGAUGUUGGCUGCGACAAAAGAUCAUCACAUCACAAGCCUCCUGGACUGCAUUGCUGAUAAAGAGCAAUGUGAGAGCGAGACUGAAGGAGCUGAGAUGAGACUGCGGAUAGAACAAUAUGCUGCGGCACCAAACGGUGUGGAUCCGUUCUUGGACGUACAUGUAUUCGAUGCGUCUUCCUCCAAGCUCACAUCUUUUGUACCUGGCUUGCGACCUCGCCCUGGUCAGCGUCUGGUCUAUGUCGAUGGUGGGUUCGACCUCUUCUCCUCCGGCCACAUCUCUUUCCUCCAAACAGUCUCGUCGCUUGAAGAGAAGCUUGGACAGUCCCGCGAUUGGUACACACCGGCUGCGAAACAACAACGCAUUUCCGACACCGGAUCCGACUAUCCUCCAGCGUACAUCGUUGCAGGUAUCCACGACGAUGCCACCAUCAACUCCCACCGAGGCGCCAACUACCCCAUAAUGAAUCUUUUCGAGCGCGGCCUGUGUGUCGUGCAAUGUGCAUACAUCCAUGCUGUGGUAUUUAAUGCUCCUUACGUCCCUUCAACAUCCUACCUAUCGUCGCUACCUUUUCGGCAAGGCUCGCCGACUCCAGAUGCCGUAUAUCACGGUCCUACAGCAUUCAUGCCGCCAAGUGCGAAGGAAGGUGAUCCUUAUGCUGAUGCGAAGGCCCUGGGUAUAUUUCAAGAGACUCCUGAGCACGACUUUCAGGGCGUGAAUUCAGAGCAGAUUGUGGGUCGCAUUCUGGGGAAGCGGGCAGAAUAUGAAGAGCGGCAGAGGAAAAAAGGGGCAAAGGUCGUCGGCGAGGAGGCGGCGUGGAGGAAGGAAAAAGAAGGCAGGCAGACCUGA